UAUUUUCUCUUUAAGCAGUUAUUUCAAUUUAAUCUCGACCAAUUUUCACUUUCUCACAAGGGAUGUUUAAAGAUAUAAAGCGAUAGAUUUGUGUUUCGAUCUCUCAUACGAUUUGUGCAACGAUAAGUGCUCUGUUAAAGUGGUGUAGACGAAAGAAAAGGUUUUUUAUAAAAAAAUGGCGAAGUACAACCGAGGUUGGGCUUUGAUCUCGCGAUUUCUAGAAACGGUUUGGCUAUGGUUACAAAUGAAUGUAAGUCACAUGUUCGGAAAAAGAUCUUCACUCGAGCCCGACAAGGACGAUGACAAACGGCGGCCAACUUCGUCAACAUCUGGUGUGUAUGACACUAUCGAUGGGCAUCAGGUUGGUACGUCAGUGAGUGUAUUAGGUGAUCUUUCAAGAAGAACGAAACCUUCCAUACGUAAAGAGAUAGUUCAAAGAGGAAACGCACUUCAUGUGAAGAAUCCCUACUGUAUCGUCCUUAUCAACACAAACUUCGAUCACAAAUCCGUUCCACGAAAUGGUGCGAGUGCGGAUCGUCAAAAUAUAAAAAGAUUCCUGAAUGCAGCAGGCUUCAACACAAUUCAUUUUUACGAUGACCUCGAAAGAAAAGAUACUUUGGAAUUAAUGGAGAAAAUCUCAUCGUCCACAGCACUAAAUGGACAUGAUGGUUUGAUGGUCUUCAUCUCCAGUUACGGAAAAAAGAAAGGAAUCUUGACUAAAGAUAGAAAAGUGAUUAAAACAGAAGAGCUCACAUCACGUGUAAACGGUAACCAAUGUGAAGCAUUGCGAGGAAAACCCAAGCUAUUCUUCAUAUCUGCCUGCAGGGGAAAAAAAGCCGAUCCUGGACAUAGCGGAGUCAUCGACCAUGAUGCCGGAGGCAAUGAUCUUGUUGUGCCCAAAUUGCCAACAGAAGCAGACUUCCUUGUCUGUUACUGUUCAGUUAGCGGCUAUAUCUCUAUGCGAAGAUUUGCCCUCAACAUGGAAGAUUCCACCGAAAUGGGCAUGUGGUUUAUUAGUGUGCUGACUCAAGUAUUCGAAGAACGAAUGGAAGAUGACGACGUCAUGCAAAUGUUGGCAGUUGUCAAUGCACGAGUAGCUGAUAUGGCGACAGGAAAUGAUCAUAAACAUGGUAAAAAACAAAUGCCUGUUCAAAUGCAUAUGCUGAGACAUCGUGUGUUCCUUGGUAAAAAUGAGUAAACAUACGUAAAGACAAAAAAAAUCUCCAUGUGAUGUACAUAAAUAGAAAUGCCAAAGAAGAACGUGAUUUUUUAAAUAAACAAAGUACCAAAUCGAGUUAAACAAUAAUUUUCGAACCGUUUA